CAGGAAAUAAUGACGCAUAAAUGGGCAGGGUUUGGAAACAUUCAACAGCACGAUUAAGUGUAUUUAAGAAUAUUCACACAGAGGUUAUUCUUAAAAGGAUAUAUUGACGUCUCCUCAUUACAAAUAAAAUAAUGAAGGGACUACUUAAUUUGAAGAUCUGUCUGACACUGGCUGUCAUUUUCUUUCUCGCAGAUAACGGACUUGGUGCUCCAGCAAAAGGCAGACAUAUGUGGGUGAAGUGCAGGCCAGAUGCCAAGAAUCCCAACUGUGAGACACAGAGGGGUCCCUGGAUGGACUUGCCUGGGCCUCCUGACAGACUCCCUCCAUUUGCGGGAAAGGAUAAAGUGCCGAAAGAGGAUGGCUCAGAGCUGGAGGAGCAGUCAGGCGAGGGUUCUGACACUGGAAUCCUCUUUACUGAGCAGGGCUCUGGCGACCAAUUGGCCAGCGCAGAUGUGGACGGGAUUGACUACUCUGACUUCGUUUUCCCACAGAAAAUGACCAUGGAUCAGGCUCUGCCUCCUGCUCACGAAUUGAAAGAGGAUCACCUGAUCCUGUAGCCUGCCAGAAUGCUAAAUAUAUACAUUUUGAUGUCAAUGCGGUUGUGUAAAAUGAAUUGGCUCUUGCAACUGCUCAAGAUUACAGUAGCACAUGCUAUUUGAUCCAGUUAUUGAUGAUUGGCUGUGUAAGAUUGUAUUUAAUCUGAUUUAGGUAACAGAAGUUUAGUUAUUUUCCCAUGGAACCAAAGAGAUAAAAUUAGUUUUUUUUUUCAGUGUUUUUAUUAUUAUUUGUAAUACCAGCCAAUAAUGUUAAUAAUUAGAUUUUAAAACAUGGUUUUCAGGGAUAUAUCGCACUUUUAUUGUUUUACAUUUUAGUAAUUUAGCAGACGCUCUUAUCCAGAGCGACUUACAGUAGUGAGUGCAUACAUUUGUUU